CCUUCUGACAACCUACGUUUCCCCCGUUCCGCUCUCGAGUCUCGACCAUUUUCUGCCCGCCCUUAACCCUAAACCCCUCGACCCUCGCCGCCGGCGAUCACUGUUCCCGACAGUUGCGGCCAUGUUCGGGACUCCCAGCUCAUCCCCCCUCUUCGGGACGCCCUCCUCUGCGCCCUCCUUUGGAACUCCCUCCACCACCCCUGCCUUUGGUGCCGCUUUCUCCGCGCCGGCAUUCGGCACGCCAUCGUCCACCCCCGCCUUCGGCACCCCAUCGUCUACUCCCGCGUUCGGUACGCCGUCCUCGACCCCGGCAUUCGGCGCGCCCUCUUCCACGCCGGCGUUUUGGACGCCCUCUUCGACCUCGGCGUUUGGCACGCCCUCAUCGACGCCGGCGUUCGGAGCGGCGCCAUCGCCAUCGCCGUCCCCGUUUGGGUUCCAGCAGCAGGCGACGCCGUCCCCUUCCCCUUUUGGGUUUGCCGGCGGGGGCGGCGGGCAGAUAACCACCCAGAUGGCCCCAGUUGCGCCGCUGCCGCUCUCCCCCUCCGACCGCGACAUCCAGGCUAUUGUGGAUGCGUAUAAGGAGGACCCAGGCAACCCUCGUUAUGCUUUCAGGCAUCUGUUGUUUAGCGUGACAGACCCUUCACAAAGGGUGAAGCCAGUAGCAGCAUCUGAUAUCAUGUGGGCAGAAGCGAUGGGGAAGCUUGAGUGCAUGGAUAGUGCAGAUAGGGAGAGGCUGUGGCCUCAACUUGUGCAGGGGUUUAAAGACCUGUCCGGUCGGCUUAAGCUUCAAGAUGAAGUUCUUGUUUCAGAUACUGAAAGAUUGAGCAUGACCCACUCCAAUGUCAAAAAGCUGCAAAGACAUUUCCAAGCUGACACCUAUCCGUGGAUCCAACGGUUGAAACAUCAAGAGCUGGUUAUUGAGAGGCGCCUCCUAAGGAUCAUGAGAAUAGUGGAAGCGCUGGAGAAUAGGGGCUGCCGUGUUCCAUUAACGAAGGAAGAAGCUGAUCUAUAUGAAAGAUUGAUUGCUAUAACAAAACAGAUAAAAGGAACCGGUGGCGAUCUUUCGAGGAGAACUUAUAAUCUUCUUUCAGUUUCACGCCUUCUUGCAAGCACCGGUGGAGCUAGUGGGCCCACCUAUAUCCCAAGUUCGGCGAAGGUAGAUGAACAGAGUGUUACUGAACUUCUUGAGGCCUUGCAGCAACAAACGGAAGCAGUUGCCAAGUUGGGUAAUGUGUUAAAAAGGGAUACCAGGGAUGUCGAAAUCGUACUUUCAGAAGUGGUGGAUAUGGCAGAAGAUAGUGUUGGGAGGAGGGUAUUGAAGAUGUAAAACUGAAGUAAGGUCUUCAGUUUAGGUACAAAUAAGCAGAAGGUGAUCCUUCAUAUUAUCAAAGGUCAGAGCCUCCAAUGUCCCCUUGAAUAGAGAUCCUUUAAUGAUUGGAAUGUGUUCUCUGCGGUCUAGAUGAACUUCGAGCUUAACUGUUACUGUAGUGAAGGCAAAAUGAAAAAUUAUUUUGACACUUUGUUUUGGAUGGGUAAAUUGUGUUUUGGAUAGUUGGAUGGGCACCUAUUGAUGGCUCUGUUAAGGGUGAUAACCUUCACAUACCCUUUAACAGGUUCAAGAACUGAUCUCGAUUUGCUCUUAACCAUAUUGUUGCCUCAUCGAAAACCAUAUACCAAUUGUUGUGCCUUCGUAACUUUUUCUAUGAGAUUGAUUAUCAUGUAACAACAUUUAGCUGCUUUGGAUAUUUUUAUUGUAUCGUUGUAGCAUGAUGUUGAGCAAUAUCAGUGACUUGCAAUAGUUUGGAUA